AUGAAACGAGUUACUCUAGCAGCCCAAAAGGGCGCCCGGUCGCAAGGGCCUAUCUGUCAAUUAUGCCAAUUCUCAACUUCAACACCUCGUGCGCUCCCUAUCGCACGCCUACCCAUUGCCCGCGCCAGUCAAACUCCAGCCUCGAAUUUCCGCUCACAGCCCACAAAACGAACUGAUAGAUUGACAGUUGGGUCUUCUGUUACGAUUCCCCGUCGCUAUGUUUCGGCUGCAGCUACCAAGACAAGUCCCGAGGUCGCCAUCAAAGAAAUUGCGCGGGAUGCAUCUGUCCUGCAUCAAUCGGACACCGUCGCCUCCAACCAGGUAGUCGUGGAAUUGCUACAAAGAUGUCAGCGGGUUGCUGAGUCUCUGAUUUCACAAACACGCGAUCAAAACGAGGGAAUUCAGAAAGGCGAGGGCAACGCGAUCUCGUCCCUACUGGACUUGGAGAAGCAAAGCGCUGCAUCGAGCAAGGGCCAACAACCACAGACCUCACAACACCCGGAUGCACGGCUGGCGGAUGCAAUCUCACAAAUUGUGAUUGAAAUCAUCAAAGAUGAAAAGGUCUUUAUUUCGCCCGAAGCCUUGACCUCCUGCAUCGAAACUCUGACUCUGCUCCGAAGAGCAGAGCACUUCCCCGAGAUCUUCUAUCUCUACGCCAACAAACCCGUCCCAGAGGAGAAUAGCUCCCCAGUGAAACUACUCAAGCCCAACCCCAAGAGCAUUAACAGCGCCGUUCCCGCGGACUUGGCCAACAUGGCUCUUAACGUCGCCAUUGAGCAGAAGAACCUCCCGCUCGUGCUAGCUAUUAUCGACAACACCUUCUGCGCCCCGGCCUUCCACCGGGCGAAGAUCUUCAAGAAAGCCGGUGUUCCCCUAGCUGGGCUGGCAGCUGCCCCGGCUGCGUGCUAUGCCCUGGCAUCGUGGGCCGCAACAUUCCAGAACACCAUGGACCCUAACGUGGCUACUGGAAUUGCGUUCGCUGCUACGCUGGCCUAUGUUGGCGGUACUUCCUCCAUGGGUAUCUUGGCCAUUACUACGGCUAAUGAUCAGAUGGAGCGUGUGGUCUGGAUCCCGGGCAUUCCCCUGCGGCAGCGAUGGUUGCGCGAGGAAGAGCGGGCUGCUAUGGAUAGAGUGGCGGUCGCGUGGGGGUUCAAAGAUCCUUAUAUGCGAGGUGAGGAGGUUGGUGAGGAGUGGGAGAGUCUUCGUGAGUUCAUUGGCAUGCGGGGCAUGAUUUUGGAUAAAACCGAGUUGAUGGCUGGCAUGGAAUAA